AUGCAAAAGGUGCUGCAGCCGUCCCCUGUUUCCUCCAGACCGAAGAGGCUGGGCAGGGGGCUGGCGACAAAGGCAGCGACACUCUGGAGGCAGCGCAGGAGGCCGGCGUCAGAGGCGAGGCCAGGCUGGGAACCGGUGUCCAAACAACCGGGCUUGGUACUGGUAACAAGACAACCGGGCUGGGAACCAGCACAACCAGGCUUAAUACCAGUAACUGGACCACCGGGGCCUGGAGUUGGCUGGUUCACCAACGUAGCAGUUGUUGGUUUGACUACCGACGAGGGACAAGGAGCAGGUGUGGGUCAGCCCACCGACGGAGAAUCUGGAGAAGGAGUCAGUCGGACCACUGACGAAGCAGGUGUUGGUCGGAACAAUGACGAAGCAGUUGUCGGUCGCAACACCGACGGAGGAUUAGGACCAGAAGUUGGUCGGCCCACUGAUAGAGCCGCUGCUGGUCGGCCCACCGAGCUUACUCGCUGCUGUCCAGUGCUGUGGAGGUGCGGAGGUCUGGCUAUCCGGCAUCUAAAAAUGGAGCUGCAUGGCGUUGUAGAGAUAGUGCUGCCCUCCAAAGAUGGAGCUGAAAAUAAGAGUUGCCUCUAUCCUGACUCACAGGCCAUCAUUUAUCUGUCAGUCAACGAUCUACUUGGAAACACUAUCGUUGUGCCCCGUUUGCUUGUAGACUUGUUGAGGCCUCCCUCUGAACGCCUCAUCAGUUAUUAUGAGUGUGUGGUCCAAGCUUUCACAACACACAUGUCUAGUACCGCUGUUCACACUGCGCUCAUGAUUAUGGCCUUUGACAGAUAUGUGGCCAUCUGCUAUCCCCUGCGCUAUGCUGCCAUAAUGACCAACAAGAUGCUGAUCAAGCUGACAGUUUCUGCCUGGGGAGUGGCCUUUGUUCUGGUGGGGAUUCUUCUCGGUCUGACCAUACGGCUGAACCGAUGCAGGACUCUGAUCGAAAGCUCUUACUGUAACAAUGCUGCACUGUUUAAACUCUCCUGUGAGAAUGUUUCUAUUAAUAACAUCUAUGGCCUCACUUUCACUGUGGUCCUGUUCACAGGUUCAAUAGGCAGCAUUGUUCUCACCUACACCAAGAUUACAGUAGUCUGUCUGACCAGUAAGAACAAGUCUUUGAACAGUAAAGCCUUGAAGACCUGCAGCACUCACCUGGUUGUGUAUCUGAUCAUGCUGAUCAGUGGAUUUGUUGUCAUUAUUUUGCACCGUUUCCCUCAGUACUCGGACUACAGAAAGCUCUGUGCCAUUGUGUUUGUUAUUGUCCCUAGCAUCCUCAACCCUAUUAUUUAUGGCAUGCAGUCCAAAGAGAUCCGAACAUUUUUGUCUAAGUUCUUUGAGUCUAAGACGAUUUUGCCGUCAUAA